AUGGAUGAUGGUACACACCCACUGCGUUGCCAUGCGUCAUUAUUGACAAAGAUAAUCCAUGCCAAAAGUCUCAUAACAAAUCUAAAAGAUGCCGAGCUUGCUGCAAAGGCAAAAUAUAUCCAGGAGCUUGAGAUGUCAAGUUAUAAUGGUGAAUUUGUGUGGAUGGUCAUCCGUGUUUCUGAGAUGAGCAAUGUAACACCCACUGAGCGAAUGUCUCCUAAUUUCUAUAUAUGCAAAUGUGGUUACAAGAUGUACGUUAAAUUAGAUAUGACCUGCACUGGAAGAACUAUCCAGAUGUCUCUAUGGUUACAUCUGAUAGACGGCGAAUAUGAUGACGAUCUACCAUGGCCAUUCAAACAGAAGGUAACGUUCAUGUUAUUGCACCAAGGUGGAGAAGACCACACUGUAGAGUCGUUUAUUCCACGGCAGAAUACAACUAAGGAUAUCCCACACAGUUGUCCAGUGUUCAAUCACUUAGAAAUUCAGUUAGAUGACAAACGAUAUAUACAAGACGAUAUACUAUUUUUUAAAAUCGUUGUUGACGUACAAAAUGUAACAAAGUAG